CGUUGUGUCCCCUCACUGCGCAAGGGUUGGGGACGAAGCAACACACACGCCACAGCCUCCUACUCACCCCACGCCCACCACGCCUCUCUGGGGAAAACCGAGGCUAUGGGGCUGAGCCUCGGAACCAGCAGAGCGGGCGUGGCGCCCAGAGGCGAAGGCCAAGGGCCAGCAGCGGCCUCGCGGCGCGUCCACAUGUGGCGGGGCCGCGGGGUGGGGGGACCGGGGCCGAGGGGGAGGGUUUACAUCUCCGCGAAGUUCCCGGAUGGUCGCGGCCUCCGGCGCUGAGCGCUUUUCCUGCCCAGCGGCUCAGCCCUUCGGACCCGGGAGAAGUUUCCCGGAAAAAAAUGCCUGGUGCGCCGCGGGGACCUGGAGCCGCUCGGAGCCGCUGCGCGCAAAGGAGGAAGGAACAAACAACAAAUUAAUCAGACAGGAAGCGAAUAACCACAGAAGAACGUCUGCCUGUGACUCAGUAUGUCACAUUUAAUAAGAGGCCAGAGCUUGUCCAAAAUGGCUGUCCAAAAAUGACCCCGCAUUUGCGUUAGAAGAUGAUGCCUUUUUCAGGAAUGGUUUCCUCUCUGGGCUCGUAUCUCGCUUGCUCUCUGUCUGCCUGUGUCCCUGGUCAUGCCUUCCUACGGUAUCCUUUAACGAUUUAUCAGCAAGAUUGUUGAAAGCGUAACUGUCCAAGAUGCCUGUCCCUCCCCCGCCAGCGCCCCCGCCGCCCCCCACGUUUGCUCUGGCCAAUACAGAAAAACCUACCUUGAAUAAGUCAGAGCAGGCUGGGAGAAAUGCUCUUCUCUCUGACAUCAACAAAGGGAAGAAACUAAAGAAGACAGUUACCAAUGACAGAAGUGCACCAAUAUUGGACAAACCUAAAGGAGCUGGUGGUGGUGGUGGUGGUGGCUUUGGUGGAGGUGGCGGAUUUGGCGGAGGAGGUGGCAGUGGUGGUGGUGGUGGUGGUGGCGGUGGCGGCAGCAGCGGUGGCAGCUUUGGAGGUGGUGGACCACCCGGCUUGGGAGGACUGUUCCAGGCUUGAAUUCCGAAGCUGAGAUCCACAGCCAUCAGGGAUGGUGAUUCUGGAGGAAGCCGACCCCCGAUUUUGCCACCAGGAGGAAGAUCUAUAUCUGCCAAACCUUUCUCACCCUCAAGCGGCCUGGGGAGGUUCCCUGUGCCUUCCCCGGGCCACAGAAGUGGACCCCCAGAGCCUCAGAAGAACCGAAUGCCUCCCCCGAGGCCCGACGUGGGCUCAAAGCCUGAUAGCGUCCCCCCUCCAGUACCUAAUACGCCGAGACCCAUUCAAUCAAGUCUGCACAACCGGGGGUCCCCACCAGUGCCCGGGGUCCCCAGGCAGCCCAGCCCUGGGCCGAUCCCUCCCCCUUUUCCCGGAAACCGAGGUGCUGCUUUUGGAGGAGGCUCUAUCCGUCAGAGCCCCACAGGCUCCAACUCGCCCUUCUCCAACAGGCCUCCCCUGCCCCCUACCCCGAGCAGGGCCUUGGAUGACAAACCUCCUCCGCCACCUCCUCCAGUGGGCAACAGGGCCUCCAUCCACAGGGACGCGGUCCCACCGCCGCCCCCGCAGAACAGCAAGCCACCAGUGCCUUCCACCCCGCGGCCUUCCUCCUCGUCGCAGGCGCCACCUCCGCCACCACCACCCAGCAGGCCCGGCCCUCCCCCCAUGCCUCCUGGUUCCAGCGGCAGUGACGAAAUCCCAAGGCUCCCACAGCGGAAUCUGUCCCUCACGUCAUCAUCGGCACCUCCCUUACCUUCACCUGGACGUUCGGGUCCUCUUCCUCCCCCGCCCAGUGAGAGACCCCCUCCUCCAGUGAGGGACCCACCAGGCAGAUCAGGCCCUCUCCCACCGCCUCCUCCCAUAAGCAGAAAUGGCAGCACGUCUCGGGCCCUCCCUGCCACCCCGCAGUUACCAUCCAGGAGUGGAAUAGACACCCCCAGGAGUGGGCCCCGGCCUCCCCUUCCUCCCGACAGGCUUGGCACUGGGGCACCUCCCCCACCUCCACCAUCAACAUCAAUUAGAAACGGCUUCCAAGACUCCUCUUGUGAAGAUGAGUGGGAAAGCAGAUUCUACUUCCAUCCAAUUUCUGAUUUGCCACCUCCAGAGCCAUAUGUGCCAACGACCAAAAGUUAUCCCAGUAAACUGGCAAGAAAUGAAAGCCGGAGUGGAUCCAACCGAAGAGAAAGGGGUGCUCCACCCCUUCCUCCCAUCCCGAGGUGAUCCUUGCCUGCUCUUCUCCACCCAAGACCAAGAGAUACUUCUGUUGUUGUUGUCAAGAGUUGCACACCCUCCUCCCCUUGUCUUCCCUUGUCCCCUUCAUAUUGGCAGUAGGGAAGAAGGGAUGGUGAUGUGGGAAUAUGUGUGUGCAGGGUGGGAAUCCACUAGAGAAAUGCACCUAGCUUUUUAUAUUGUAUAUACUCUCAAAGUUAUUGCUUGCUUCAGCUUAUAGCCCACCAGUGUUUUCUGCUUGGGAGUCAGUUGGCUUUUAUGGCAAGUAGGCAGAGAUGAAUUGUGUCCCAGCUUUCAACCAACCAAAUUCAAACAUUCACUGCUUAUUUGCUACAGAUAAUAUUAGUCCCUGAAAGCUGCUUGCUUCCAUGCCUUUUUUGCAUGCUUGGCCUCCUGUCUGUUUCCAUGAACCACAGACCACCUACGAUAGUUGCUGAGCAAGGGCUCACAUGAAAUUUUUGUGGUUAUAGAUUACAGUCUUUGGCAGUCUGAAGUAGGCUCUAAGACACACUCUCCAAUAGAAACAUAACAUGAGCCAUAUAUACAACUUAAAUAUUUCUAGUAGCCACAUUAAUAUGUUUGUGUUUUACACUUAAAGCACAUCUCUAUUUGGAAUAGUCACAUUUGAAGGGCUCAAUAGCCACAUGUGGCUGGUGGCUACUAUAUUGGACAGUACAGGUAUAGAAGACAGAGGCAGGUGCAAAAACCUCUUGUUUAAAAAAAAAACAAAAAAUGCAAGAUGAGCUUUAGCAAUUCAAGAGGUAACACCAAGGUCAGAAAUUGAUCUAAUAGGGUUUACAGUCACGUGGAAUAAAGCCAUUGGAAAGAAACUGAAAGCCUGUCGUGGCUUCCGGGCCCAGAACCAGCUGGCUGGAGAUUAUCUGUUGGUUGACUCCUGCCUUGUGCAUCUGAGGCAGCUUCAUUUCUCUCCUGCCCAGCUUGCUCCUCAGGGCAGGGAGGCUCAUAGGCUCUGUAGUGGAGGGAAAGUCAGAGAAAGAUAGCAAAUCAGAAACGCUGAAGAAAGGAAGGACCAGAUUUGGGUUGAUGGGCAAAACUCUAAAAAUUUAACCCUGAUGCUUAUGAGGUUGAGAGGAAGAGAUUGCUACUGCAAUUGAGGGAAUUUGUUUUUUUAAUCUACCCAAGAGAAUCAUUCGCCUUGGAUCUAUGCAAAUAAAUCUACCGAAAAAAACCAUAGGGAAGAGCCAGCCUUGCCUUUUUUUGUAUAAUUGUGUUUACAGACUUUACUGGGACUUAAAUCUAGCUAUAGAGUUGGAUGAAAAAUAUUUCCAUUUAGAUGUUUUAUACAGUUGAUUAUUUUUUUAAAUUACCAUUACUUAUUUUUUAAAAGCACACGGCCACAUAUGUAUAUGUAUACCUACCUAAACUUUGUGUCAUGGCUUCAACGUAUUGUUCAUGUUUUACUGGGAGACGCUAACAAGAAAUCAAUCCAAAGAAAAUUUUGAAAGAAACAUUCCUAUUUAUAGAGUAAAUAAUCGUUUCAUUUAUAUAAAAGCAAAAGAACUUAGAGUUCUAAUAAAUGGGAUAUCUAAUAAAUUAUGCUGUUACCCAUUAGAAUGUAUUGCAUUUUUAUAACUUUCCUUGCCAAAGUCCUGGGCUUAGUACAUUAGAGAACUUGGGUUUUUUCCCCCUCUCCUCUACCAUUCAUUUGUCUUUCAGUCACUUAGGGCCCUUUAUCCAAAGAGAAUCAAGAAACAUAAAGGUAUAACAAGCUUGGCAAGGUAUUUUCCAAAAAAAAAUUUUAUCUGCAGCAUUUUGACAGUAUAACAACAACACUUUAUUUUGGAUCCUUUGACCAUAUAUCAAGUCGAUUAAAAUCCCUAUGAGAAAGCCUAAUGACAGACUUCAGAAAAGAGCCCUUCCUAGCAAAUACUGCAGAGAAAAGUCUGACCCCAAAAAAGCGGGUCCGAAUUUUGUGAGAGGAAGUAAGAAUGGCCAAUUUUCUUGUAGAUUCUAACUUUGCAGGUACCGUCCUAAAGUCUGAAACAGGGUCACAGCUCAAAGUUGCUAUUCACCCAGGACAGAGAUGUUUUAGAAUGUGUUUUUAAGUGACUGUUUCAUUAAUACACCUAUUAUACCCUUGCUUUGAAAGUUAGCAACCCAGUUGCAUACAAAACUUUGAAUAAGUUCUAUGCUAAGAUCUUCAACUAUGGCAGAUCACAAAAAUGAGUAUUUCCUUCCCUGAAAUCAGAGCUUACAUGUGUUUUUUUCCCAUAAAAUUUCCAGAUAAAUGUAUUCCAGAUGCAACACAGUAUUUUAACAUUCACAUAUCAUUUUAUAUUGAAAUGUAUUACAGUAUUAAAAUUCAGUGUUCAGUAUUUAUUUCGCUAUGCAUUUUAUUUAGUAAAAGCUGAGAAAAAUGUUUAAUCCAAUGGUGCCUUACUUUGUGAUUUGAAAGAAUUUGACUUUUUAUGUCUAAGUAGCAGAUUAUUUACAUAUUUGUAAAAACUGGUAGGCCUUUAUAUUUUAACUUGUAAUACCCAUUUUGUUAUCUUAGUAGCAGAAACGGGAUGAUUGUUAAAGUGCCCAAAAAAUUUUGGCAUGAAUUUAAUUUCUCCCUGUUUAUAGCCAGGGACUAUAAAGGAAGAAAAGUGUUUUUCAUUCCACUGCACUAUGUAAACAUGCACAUUUUGGUAUCAAUGUCACCAGGAUAGUUUAAAUGGUAGCAUAGGAACUAUCCAAGACAUCUGCGUCUUUGUAAUUUAGCCAGACAAUAAAUAAAAGCAGAAUGAUAUGAGUGUUAA